AUGAUGUCGUAUCUGAAGCAGCCGCCGUACACGGUCAACGGGCUGAGCCUCUCCUCCUCCGGGAUGGACCUACUCCACCCGUCUGUAGGCUACCCAGCUACACCGAGGAAGCAAAGGCGGGAGAGGACCACUUUCACCCGCGCACAACUGGACGUUCUGGAGAACCUUUUCGCCAAGACUCGCUACCCCGACAUCUUCAUGCGCGAGGAGGUCGCCCUGAAGAUAAACUUGCCGGAGUCUCGAGUGCAAGUCUGGUUCAAGAAUCGACGAGCCAAGUGCCGCCAGCAGCAGCAACAGUCCCAGAGCGGCGCCCAGAGCAAAGUCCGUCCCGUGAAGAAGAAGAGUUCCCCAGUGAGGGAGGUGGUGAGCUCGGAGAGUGGGGCCAGUGGUCAGUUCACGCCGCCCUCUAGCACCUCUGUGCCGGCCAUCUCCAGUAGCACGGCCCCGGCGUCCAUCUGGAGCCCGGCGUCCAUCUCCCCUCUCUCCGACCCCUUGUCUACCUCCUCCUCCGCGUCCUGCAUGCAGCGCUCCUAUCCAAUCACCUACACACAGGCGUCCGGCUACAGCCAGAGCUACUCUGGAUCGACAUCCUACUUCGGCGGCAUGGACUGUGGGUCAUACCUGUCGCCAAUGCACCACCAGCUAACGGGGCCCAGCGCGGGCCUGAGUCCCAUGGGCACCAACACGGUCACCAACCACCUGAGCCCACCAGCCUCGCUCUCCGCCCAGAGUUACGGCGCCACGGGACUGGGAUUCGGCUCGGCACCGACAGACUGCCUGGAUUACAAAGACCAAAGCGCGUCGUGGAAACUCAAUUUCAACGCGGACUGCUUGGAUUACAAAGACCAGACUUCAUCGUGGAAGUUCCAGGUGUUGUGA